UAAUCCUCUUGCGCGUUACACAGCUCUUUCUCUCUCCCUUUCACUUCAGAACCGGCUCUUUUAUUGUUCUCUUUAUUAGUAUGAUGAAUUGAUUUAGUACAAUUUAAAGCACCCUGAAACUGGCUUCAAGAUCCAACCUUUGCCCCGGCCCAGUUCUUGCUCGCACAAGCUUUUGAAGAUCAAAUCCAUAAACUGAAAUGAAAUAUUGAGAUAGGUUUGUUCAUACCCUCGCAACUACAAGAUCCUGUAACGGAAGCUUACUAAGCAACUUCAAGAUAGAUCCAGAUUUUCCUUGACGGUUUUGGCUAUGGAGUAAACAGCUUAGAGGGAUAGGUUUAUGCUGUUGCAAUGAGAGAACAGAGUCCAAUUACAGAUCCAAUCGGCCAGAACAUAAUAAAGCGGAUUAGCAAUGUCUGUUUCUCAUUUUUUGUAUUCUCUGUGCUUAUAAUAACUGUGAUUGCUGUCACAUACCAACCUCCGGAUCCAUGGGAAUCUGAAAGAGCAUUGACUAAGGUCUUCACUGCCGUUGAAAAUGCCACUUUUAAGCCGGAUACUUCUGUCCUUAGAACUGGAGAGGAUAUGGUUUCCAUCUCCCCAUCAACCUCACCCUCAUCUGCAAGUGUACCAAUUACAGAGGAGAUAAUUGAAAAAACCGAAGGGAAUCUCCCAAAUGUGACGUUAAAGACGAAUUGUGCAGAUGGAGAUGCAAUCAACUGUUCCGAUCCCAGAGUCUUGGUCACCAUUCAGAGGUUUAACAUGAAGAGAUUCAAAUCCCUUGCAAUUUUCGAUUACCAAACUCCGGUUAAUGGGUCUCAGCCAGAUGAAUGUGAUGUGGCAUGGAGGUUUAGGAACAAGAGAGAGAAGUCAUGGAGGAAAUAUAGGGAUUUCCGGAGAUUCAAGGUCGGAUUUUCCCCCAGUUGUAGAUACAAAGUUGUUCGUGCCGGGAAGUGGCAUUCAGGGUUAAGUGCCCGUCCUCCAAGAAUUCAAGUGAAUAAUAAUAAAACCACUAGAACUGGUCCCAGAUCGAAAAUUUCUCCUCCAAUUCAGGAUGAUGAGAUCAACGACACAAUCCCAGUCUUGGAAUCAGAUUUGGCCUUCAAAAAUGGGAAAUAUUUGUACUACUCUCGUGGGGGCGACUAUUGUAAAGGAAUGAAUCAGUUCUUAUGGAGCUUUCUAUGUGCUCUUGGUGAGGCGCAGUUCUUGAACAGGACAUUCGUGAUGGAUCUUAGUAUCUGUCUGGCAUCCACUUACACCCAGAGUAAGAAGGAUGAUGAAGGAAAAGACUUUCGGUUCUACUUUGAUUUUGAGCACUUAAAAGAGGAGGCUUCAAUUGUCGAAGAAGCUGAUUUCAUCAAAGAUUGGAAGAAAUGGGACAAGACGCACAAGAAGAAGAUCCCUGUGAGAAAGGUACCUGGCUAUAAAGUCACUCCAAUGCAGCUUAAGAAAGAUAAUAAAAGCACGAUAAUAUGGAGAAAGUUUGAUGCUCCUGAGCCUGAAAACUAUUGGUAUAGAGUUUGUGAAGGUCCGUCCGCAAAGUAUAUUCAGAGGCCUUGGCAUGCUCUAUGGAAAUCAAAGAGGUUGAUGAAUAUAGUCACUGCCAUUAGUGCGAGUAUGGAUUGGGACUUCGAUGCAGCCCAUGUUGUUCGUGGAUAUAAAGCUGAAAAUAAGGAGUUAUGGCCUCGUUUGGAUUUCGACACUUCACCAGAUGCCCUUGUUGAAAAGAUUCAGAAAAUGGUUGUGCCCGGAAGGAAUCUUUAUAUUGCUACGAACGAACCAUUCUAUAAUUACUUUGAUAAGCUGAGGCCUCACUAUAAGCUUCACCUGCUUGAUGAUUACCAAUAUUUGUGGAGUAACACUAGUGAGUGGUACAAUGAGACGACACUGCUGAAUGGUGGGCGCCCGGUUGAGUUUGAUGGGUAUAUGCGGGUCGAAGUGGACACCGAGGUUCUUUACAGAGCGAAGACAAAGGUGGAGACUUUUUACAACUUAACCUCAGAUUGCAAGGAUGGGAUCAACACAUGCUAGGCUGGCUCCAGAUCUUAUAUGAAUUCAUGUACCACUACGCAUUGUUAUUAUAUCCCCAAGUUUGAAAAAUAUGAUGAGACAUAAAUUUAUGAUGGGGUUAUUUGCAUGGGUUGUCUACUGAUCAUAUUGGUUGUGACACCACUUUUUCGUGACACAUAUGUGAACAUUAUCUGAGUGCCAUUAGAAUUCUAAUACCCCUUACCCUUGUUCUUGACCAGAACUAGCCCGAGUAAUUCGUUGUUUCAAAGACAUGCUAAUGACUCGAAAGUAGUGCCAUUAGAAUUCAAAUCCCCC